CUUCCCUUGAGGAUCCUGCACUGUUCUCACUAUCCGACAGCGAUAUUUUAGUUCAUCACUUAGCAGCAUGACGGACUCUCCAGAAUUGGUUGAGAGUGCCCUGGGGCUACAGGGUAGUCCGACUCGAAAGCCUAGAUCGAGACAGCUCGCCGUGAUUGACCGCGACGAGGUAGCCAAACGGAUAUGUCAGGGUGCACUGCUAUUCAUCUACAACGACUUGGUGAUCAACGCUUCCUCGUGGACAAGAUCCCAUCCCGGUGGAGAACUUGCCAUCCUCCAUUUCGUCGGAAGAGACGCGACCAAUGAAGUCCUCGCUUAUCAUUCAUCGGAAGCGCUCAGACGCGUGGAGCGGUAUGCUAUUGCAAGAGUCGUCGUCGAUCCGCAGCGGGGUUGGACACCCCUUACUCCACCCAUUGCCUUGGGUCUGGUUCGACAUGAGGAUGGUCAGAGAGGUCACUGGAGACGAGAAGGACGUUUGAGACUUGCUGCGGCCGAGUCUAGCCAAAACAGCGACUCAUCAUCAAACGGCAGAAAAGAUCUGGCCGUCCUCAGUCUUCAACCCGAGCAGUUGGAACCGUCAGAUAGCUCGCUCGACCAGCAGAAGCAGCACCUAUAUGCUCUAGCGUACAGAGACUUAAAGAGCAAACUCGAGGCCGCUGGCCUAUUCGAUAAGCCUGGACCUUUGUAUGGCUAUGGCAGCGAUAUCAUCAGGUACGCAGCUUUGGGUGCAUUGGCGAUCUUCUUCUAUCUCAAAACCACUGGCUGGUCGGGUCAGAUGGCCUCUGCCCUCUUCCUCGGUCUCAUGUGGCAUCAAUUGACCUUCUUGGCUCACGAUGCCGGGCACACUGGGAUAACGGGCAAUUGGACCAAAGAUAGAGCUAUCGGCAUUGCAGUUGCAAACUGCAUAGGAGGUCUGAGUAUCGGAUGGUGGUGCGAUAACCACAACAUACACCACCUUGUUCCGAACGAGCUUGAGCACGAUCCCGAUAUUCAGCAUAUUCCUUUCUUCGCCAUCUCGAAGCAAUUCUUCGGAGAUCUCUGGUCGAGCUACUACAAACGCAUCAUGGCCUUCGAUGCUGCGUCGAAGACCCUCAUCUCAAUACAGCAUAGACUGUACUACAUUGUACUCUCAUUAGCCAGAGUCAACCUCUAUGUCCUCUCUUACAGUUAUCUGCUUGGACCCAAACCCCGGCGCAAUCUCAUGUGGGCGACGGAAAUGAUGGGCGUAGCAAUGUUUUGGACGUAUUUCGGAUCCAUGAUCCGUCACCUCCCAAGCUGGCAGAUGAGGCUGGCGUACAUCCUUGUCAGUCAUGUCGCCGCUUCUCCUGUACACGUGCAGAUCGUCCUCUCCCACUUUGCAUGCUCCACAGAAGCUCUAGGACCCGUCGAAUCUUUCCCUGCCCGUCAACUGCGUACUACCAUGGACGUCGUCUGCUCACCCAAUAUUGAAUUCAUCCAUGGCGGACUGCAUCUCCAGGUUACACACCACCUGUUCCCUCGAAUGCCGAGGCAUAAUCUGAGACAGGCCAGUAGUAUGGUCAAGGAGUAUUGCAAGGAUCAGGAACUUGUAUACCAAGAGCACGGAUGGAUUGAUGGGAACAAAAAGGUCUUAAAUGUCCUCGAAGACGUGGCGAACCAGCUGCAGUUUUUGAAGGAAGUCGCCGACAAUGAAAUCGAAGAAAAGCUCAGAUAGAGGUUGAAACUGGGCCCACAGUGAUACUGGCAAUGACAUCACGAAUGCAUAACGAUUCUAGAC